AUGGAGCGGACCUUCUGCAUCAUCUGGUUUCUGUAUGUGUCAGUGUGUGAGUCCUUGUUGUUUCCAGACUCAAAGCCUGUAAUGCAUGGGGAGGUCCUGUCCCCUGAGUAUCCCCAGCCUUACCCUCCCAAUCUGCAGAAACGAUGGGACCUCAGUGUGCCCAACGGCUACCAGAUCCGACUGGCCUUCUCACACAUGGACAUUGAAGCUUCUGCAGGCUGCUACUACGACUCCCUUACCGUUCUCUACAAUGAAAAAGUCCUGGCAAAGUUUUGUGGCCAAGAGAAUUCUGCUGAUGGACAUCACCCAGGCAACCAGCCCAUCCUGUCUCCAGGCAACAGACUCACUCUCUUAUUCCAGACAGACAGCAACAACCCAGAGAAGCACCAAAAUGUGGGCUUCUCUGCUCAGUACCAGGCAAUAGACAUAGAUGAGUGUUCUGCACCUGAACCUAGAGAUGGUUCAGAUUCCCUCUGUGCUCAGAUCUGCCUCAAUACCCUUGGCUCAUACAUCUGUUCCUGUCACCAUGGCUAUGAACUGCGCUCAGACCAGCGCACCUGCGCAUUAUCAUGUACUGGUGGUAUUUUUGACGAGCCCCAGGGACAUUUAUCCAGUCCAGGAUACCCUAACUCCCCUCCUCAUGCUUUGUCCUGCCAGUACGUUAUUUCUGUAGAUAGUGGCUUCACUGUCACUCUCAACUUCUCCGACAACUUCCACGUCGAGAGUGUGGACACUCAGCAAGGCCCAAAUUGUCUCUAUCACUGGCUGCAGGUGACUGUUCCACACAGAGAGCCCAUAAAGCUGUGUGGUGCAAAAAGUCCAGGUGUGAUAGAAACCAACUCCAAUACUGUCAGACUGGACUACCACACUGAUGAUGAAGGCCUGAGCAAUGGGUGGAGUCUGGACUACAGCACACAAAGAGUGAACUGUCCACCUCCCAGUAAGGUGGCUCAAGGCAGGGUCACUCCUAUGUUGGCCGAAUAUUUCUACAGAGACUACAUCUUUGUGCGCUGUGACCAAGGAUACAAACUGAUGAUGGAUGGUCAUGAGAUUAAGAGCUUCUCUGCCAUGUGCCAAAACAAUGGACAGUGGCACCUCCCUUUGCCAGAAUGCCACAUAAUUGACUGUGGAGAACCUGAACCCUUGCUGAAUGGAGGGCUGACCUUCCUGUCUGGCUUUCAGAACCAGUACCGUUCUGUUUUUCAGUAUCACUGUAAUGAACCAUUUUACUCUCUGCUUGGGGGCGUAAAUGUUAGCUUCACCUGUGAAGCAGACAGAAAGUGGAGAUCACACAAUGAUGUUGUUGUCAGUCCAACAUGCUUACCAGUGUGUGGCAAACCAAUAAAACAUGUCUCUGGGAUCCAGCGGAUCAUUGGGGGUAGCGAUGCUCCAGAUAAUACCAUCCCCUGGCAAGUGAUGCUGAAUGUAAAUCAAAAUAGAGGAGGAGGCAUGGUGAUUGCAGAUCGCUGGGUUAUGACUGCAGCUCAUAACUUAAUAGAUAAAAACAGUAAAGUGGCAACUGAAGCAAUACAGAUUUACAUGGGACAUAAUAAUGUUGACACCAUACUGCAGACUCCUCUGUAUGCUGCUUCAGUCCACACUCACCCUGGUUACAACAACCCCAAUAAUGUAGACUACAACAAUGACAUUGCCUUGAUCAAACUGCAAGACCCAGUCACAUUCAAUGCAUCCAUUAUGCCAAUAUGUUUGCCACCAGAGGGGGCCGCAUAUGAAACUGGAAUAAUGGGGCUGGUGUCAGGCUUUGGCAUUACAAAACUUGGUGAACAACGUUUUGCAUUAACUAAUAAGCUGAAAUAUGUGCUCGUCCCUCUGGUGGCAGAGGAGGAAUGUGCUAAGUCAGCCGUUUCAUGGAAGCAGGAAAGCGCAAACAUACCAGACCUGACAAAUAACAUGUUUUGUGCUGGAAUGCGUGAAGGUACGAAGGACUCCUGCCAGGGUGACAGUAGAGGCCCCUAUGCUCUGUAUGAUCACCAACGGUACUGGGCUGCAGGGAUUGUCAGCUGGGGGGUUGGUUGUGGAAAGAAGGGAGCAUAUGGAGUCUAUACCAGAGUCGCUAACUACCUAGACUGGAUCAACAAGACCAUGCAGGAGAACUAA